UGUGAGGUUAUGUCAGUUGUUUACCGUUUUCAAUAUUUGGCAGAAAAACAGAAAAAUGUCGGAUUUAAGAACCCAAAUGCGCUACUUAAACCCUUACGAUAUGCAUAAAUUAUUGAUAAAUGAAUACGUAUUACGAAGGCCUGGUGACACAAGACAAUUGAAAAGAGAUACUUCAAAGGACAAAACUGAUUUUGAUGUGUUAAAAGAGAAUCACAAAUUUUUGUGGGACGAAGAACAAAUUCCUGACAGUUGGGAAUUACAGUUUGCCAAGAAAUAUUAUGACAAGUUGUUUAAGGAAUACUGCAUCGCUGAUCUUAGUUUAUACAAAGAGAAUAAGAUAGCUCUACGAUGGAGGAUUGAAAGGGAAGUUGUGACUGGAAAAGGUCAAUUUAUUUGUGGUAAUAAAAAGUGUGACGAAAAAAAUGAUUUAAGGACGUGGGAAGUGAAUUUUUCGUAUAAAGAAAAAGAUGAACAGAAAAACGCCCUCAUUAAAAUAAGAUUGUGCCCUGAUUGUUCCUACAAACUAAACUAUCACACAAAGAAACGUGAAGUGAAGCGUCUAAAACGCAAAUCAAAAACAAUUGUUUUUGAUAAGAAACAUAAAAAACAUAAUUCAGAAAGUGAGGAGCCAUCGACAAGUACUCAUAAGCCUUCCCCAGACCAACAAGUUUCAAUACAUGUGCCUAAUUUAGAAUGUUCGAAAGAAACUACAUGGGAUCAACAUAAACCAGAAGAAAUUAAGUCCAGGGAAGAAGAAAUGGAAGAUUAUUUACAAGAUUUAUUGUUAUAAGCGAAGAAUGUUUUAUGUUGAAUUAUAUAACAUAUAAAAUUGUAUAUAAUUUAUGUCCUAUCGAUAUGUAAAUCGAUGCACACAAAAAUUCUGAUAGAAUAUUUGGUUCUAAAUAACUAGGUUAUGUUGAGUUAAUAAUAAAACAUUUAGGCAACUACUUUUA